CAUUACUAGUCUUUCUGUCUGUGUUAGGACAUGGCCGGGUACAAGCCGAGGGUGAUUUCUUUAACUAAGAGGUCGGGCCAGACGUUUGGCUUCUUCUUGAGGGUGGAGCAGGGUGAAGAAGGUCACCUGAUCCGCUGCCUGGAAAUGGGAAGUCCAGCAGAACUGGCUGGCAUGAAAGACGGAGACCGCAUCCUUCGGGUCAAUGGAACAUUUGUUGAUGAGCUGUCCCAUUCAGAGGUGGUGGAACUGGUGAGAAACAGUGGGGCAUCCGUUACAUUCCAUAUCCUGGAUGAAACGUCUUACAAGCAAGCUAAAGCACAGGGGGUGAAGCUCUGUGACCCUCAGACCACAGCAGUGGCUAAUGGUGUGUCAAAACAGGCUCCAAAACCCAAACUCUGCUAUCUGGUCCGGUCCAGCUCAGGCUACGGGUUCUCCCUCCGCUCAGUUAAAGGUGAGCUGGGUUUGUUCAUGACAGAGGUGAUCCCGGGAGGUGUGGCCGACAGAGCGGGUGUCAGGAUCAACGACCGCCUCCUGGAGAUCAACGGGGAGAACUUGGAGAGCGCCACGCACGAUCAGGCCGUGGACAUGAUCAAGUCAGCAGGCAGCAGCAUCAUGUUCCUCCUGGUUGAUGCAGAAACAGACAAGUACUACCAGAACAAGCACAAAGUAGGAGCGUGGUUUGCCACAACCAAGUACCUCCCUCACAAACCGAGAAUCGUUGAAAUGACCAAAGGACCUGAUGGAUACGGCUUUCUGCUCAAAGAGGGAACCAAACAAAAAGGACACUUCAUCACAGAGGUCGACAGAGGCAGUCCGGCAGAAAAAGCAGGUCUGAUGGUCAAGGACAGAGUGGUGGCUGUGGAUGGCCAUAAUGUGGACAGCCGUGACCAUGACCAGGUGGUGGACAGGAUCAAACAGAGCGGCAACAAAUGCAUGCUCCUAGUGGUGGACAAAGACACAGACCAAAUAUUCACACAGGGAAACGUGUCUCCUAUGAUUUUCUGGGAGGAAACAAAGGAUUCCCUCUUACCACCAAGCUACACAGAAGCUGUCAAUGCGCCCGCUGUUGUUCGGCCAGCAACGCCCCCCCAGGAGAAGGAGGAGGAGCUCAAGCCCAAACUGUGUAAGAUGGAGAAGUCUUCAGCUGGAUUUGGCUUCCACCUAAAUGGCAUCCAGGGAGUGUGUGGACAGUACAUUAAAGAGGUGGUGAAGGGUAGUGUAGCUGACCGUGCAGGGCUGGAGGACGACGAUAUCGUAGUGGAAGUGAACGGCGUAAAUGUGGAGACCAGCAACCACGAUGAGGUGGUGGCAUUGAUUCGCGCCAGUGGCAGCUCUCUGGAGAUGCUGGUGGCUUCGAAGAGCGUCUAUGACCAGCUCAAGGCUAAAGGAGUGACCAUCACACGCCAUCUGCUCGGGGAAACGUCCUAUGUUCAGGUCCACGCCUCUGCCACUCCAGAGGACGACAGACAAGAAGAGGACAUGCAUGAAACCCCAGCUGAACCGAAAAGAGAGAGGACCCCGUCUGUGUCAUCAUCUUCAUCUCAGGACAGUAUGGAUGAGAGACUCUGAGAAGACACUAAUAGGACCUGUUUUCUGAUUUGCCCUCCGUCAAUCUGAUGUUGAUCCACGUUUUGUUUAUUAAAUCACCUCCACGAACCUCACACAUCCAGUUGAUACCAAUGACGAGAUGAAGGACAUUAAUAAAUAUUUACCUUUAAAUUAUAGCAGAUUAACUGUGCAAACGGACUGCAAACAAAUCCUUAUUUUUUUGUCUUUCUUUGACAAACAACAGACAAACAUGUUGAUGAGCCUGUGCAAUGACUUUCCCAUUUGAGAGAUUAUCAGUGCUACCAAAAUUAACUACACAUCUAAGGAUAUUAAUAAAGUCACCAGUGAAUAUUAUGGAUUUCUACUCAGUGCAAACACUUUUUCUUGCUUCUACAAAUAAAAUGAGCACCGUGUUAUAUGAAUGGAAAGAAAUCAACACAAACUGACUGAAUUAUAUUGUCUUUAUGGGGUUUUGAUUGUUGUUCCGAUUACAUGGCACACUUGACAAAGACAGAUGACGACGACGAUGAUGAUGAUGGUGAGUGACAUAUUCAUAUAUUCCUGUUCAUUUAGUAAAGCGGGGAUGUGCCGUGAACUGUACAGCUCCAGUGUUUUUAAACAAACCAAAUAAAAAGCUCAUUUUGGCCCAAGAUUCGCAGAUUCAAGAGCGCCGAGAACAAAGUGUUUCAAUGUAAAAUUUAAUUCUUUUCUUCAAGAGUUGUUCCCUCCAAUAUUACCCCAUCACUUGUAUCCAACAUUAUCCCUGAUUUGGGAAGUUUAGAGCUUUCCCAGUGUGUCCAGAAAAUUAUGUGCUUAAAAAAG